UGACCGAAGAAAUAACAUCAGAAAAUACCGUCGAUAUACAUAUGCAUACAUUUUCGAUUCUAACCUCGGAGCUAGCCCCGGAUAUUCUCGUUCACUUUGUUCAAAUCCGUCGCCGACUUCGCUUCGUGAUUUCCAAUUUCAACUUAUUCGAGACUCUCGUGUAAUCCAAGAUGGGCAAGGAAAAGAUUCACAUUAACAUCGUGGUCAUCGGACACGUCGAUUCCGGUAAGUCGACCACCACCGGUCACUUGAUCUACAAGUGCGGUGGUAUCGACAAGCGUACCAUCGAGAAGUUCGAGAAGGAGGCCCAGGAGAUGGGCAAGGGCUCCUUCAAGUACGCAUGGGUUUUGGAUAAGCUGAAGGCCGAGCGUGAGCGUGGUAUCACCAUCGAUAUCGCUCUGUGGAAGUUCGAGACUGCCAAGUACUACGUCACCAUCAUCGACGCCCCCGGCCACAGGGAUUUCAUCAAGAACAUGAUCACUGGUACCUCCCAGGCUGAUUGUGCCGUCUUGAUCGUUGCCGCCGGUACCGGCGAGUUCGAGGCUGGUAUCUCCAAGAACGGCCAGACCCGUGAGCACGCUCUGCUCGCCUUCACCCUGGGUGUGAAGCAGCUGAUCGUUGGUGUCAACAAGAUGGACUCGUCCGAGCCCCCAUACAGCGAGGCCCGUUAUGAGGAAAUCAAGAAGGAAGUGUCCUCUUACAUCAAGAAGAUCGGUUACAACCCAGCUGCCGUCGCUUUCGUGCCCAUUUCCGGAUGGCACGGCGACAACAUGUUGGAACCCUCCACCAACAUGCCCUGGUUCAAGGGAUGGAAGGUUGAGCGCAAGGAGGGCAACGCCGAUGGCAAGACCCUCAUCGAUGCUCUGGACGCUAUCCUGCCCCCCAGCCGUCCCACUGAGAAGCCCCUGCGUCUGCCCCUGCAGGAUGUCUACAAAAUUGGCGGUAUCGGAACAGUACCCGUCGGUCGUGUGGAGACUGGUGUGCUGAAGCCCGGAUGCGUUGUUGUCUUCGCCCCGGCUAACAUCACCACUGAGGUUAAGUCCGUGGAAAUGCACCACGAAGCCCUCACCGAGGCCGUUCCCGGAGACAAUGUUGGUUUCAACGUUAAGAACGUGUCCGUUAAGGAGCUGCGUCGUGGCUACGUCGCUGGUGACUCCAAGGCCAGCCCCCCCAAGGGAGCCGCCGACUUCACCGCUCAGGUCAUCGUGCUGAACCACCCUGGCCAGAUCGCCAACGGCUACACCCCCGUGCUGGAUUGCCACACCGCUCACAUUGCUUGCAAGUUCGCUGAGAUCAAGGAGAAGGUCGACCGUCGUUCCGGCAAGACCACCGAGGAGAACCCCAAGUUCAUCAAGUCUGGUGAUGCUGCCAUCGUCAACUUGGUGCCCUCCAAGCCUCUGUGCGUGGAGUCCUUCCAGGAGUUCCCCCCUCUGGGUCGUUUCGCUGUCCGUGACAUGAGGCAGACCGUUGCUGUCGGUGUCAUCAAGGCUGUUAACUUCAAGGAUGCUUCCGGUGGCAAGGUCACCAAGGCUGCCGAGAAGGCCACCAAGGGCAAGAAGUAGCUGGUUUGCUUCAACUCACAACCAACAACAACAACAACAAGUAGCAAGCAAAUAAUCAACAUCCUAAUGCAGCCACCAACACCACUCAGUAAUACUACCAGCAACAGCAGCAGCAGCAAGCACAAUAGUAGUCGUCCAACAAGAAAACCUGUCCUGCGCAAGAUGACCGAUAAGAUGAUGUUCCAGCAAAAGCAAAAGUUUAAUUUCUUCCAUCGAAAGGAGUUUCGUCGGAUACGAAUGUUAAAUGCAGUCGAGGCCGCCUAAAUGGGCGGUGGAUCGGGAUGAGAGUGCGACUAAAAUACACUGAAGAAAAAGAAAAAAACAUCAUCCACUCCUCCAUUUUCAAUCCCCCGUCAAUCUUUAGUUUACUACAUAUAUGAUAUGAUAAAAGUUGACUUCACUAUUAUUGAGUAGCGAACGAAAGUAGCAUUUAUGUCGUUUAAUUAACCUUUUUAUUUUGAUAUGUAUCAUUUAUCUUACCCUAUCUUUUGCACACACUACUUUGUACACAUGAAAUUUGAACCAGAAUAGAAGCGAUAACUUUAUUUACAAAAAAUAAAACCCCCUAUUUUUGUA